AUGAUUGCUCGGCGUCAGAAUGGACUCCACCUUUCUGUCGAUGGUACCUUCGCGGCAUGCUGCCCUCUCUGGGAGCAGCAAUACGGCGUCUUGGUCAAGCACAAGGACUGCCUCGUCAUGUCGCCUUGUGCGUUGAUCCUCAUGCCGAGUCGGAAGAAAUCGGUAUACGACCUCGUGUUCAACGACCUUCUGCAGCUCUUCACCAGCAUUAAGAUCACCAGCUGCAUCGCAGAUUUCGAAGAGCGCGCGGCGCGCUCUUUUAGAGAGGUUUUCAACUCAAGACAGGAUCUGGUCGCUGAGUUCAAGAUGAGUCUGUCCUUCUUCCACUUCAAUAAGUGA